AGCAGUGCAUCCUGAGGCCCAGCCUCACCAAGGACCGCAGACCCUGGGCCCUACCUCUCUCAACAAGACAGGCCAAUAAGGGAUCGGGAACCACUGGACAGGACUAAGGCAAGGCCGUGAAGCCCAGGAGGCUCCAGGUGGAACUCCCCAGGGAAGGAUCUAGGGCAGCAAAAGACCCAGGUUACACCCAGGAUUUUCUGAUAUGGAGGAGAGGCCUGAGAAGCUGAGGACCCCCAGGACUCUUUUUUGGGGCAUCUCACCCACAGCAUGCCGAAGUUCCUGGGCCUUCGAUAUAACCCAAGCCACAGAAGUGACAACGCCAAGUCUUUAACCACUAGACCACCAAGGAACUCCCCCAGGACUCGUUACAUACCCUGCACCCUUCCUCCAUUCUGGGUGGAGAGAGUGAGGAGGCCUCUUCAGAAGCAAAGAAUGGACAGGACCACUGGGCAAGGCUCCUCUUGCCUCCCAAGUUCAUGGGCAAGGGCUGAUCUGCUGGAGCCCCUCAUCUUUGGUACAUAAAAGAAAGGAAGGUGAUGGGAGAGAUCCAGGGAGGGCUCGACAGGCAGCAAGUCCUGGGCCAUAGUCCCAGGGUCCAAGGACUUAGGCCGGGGGGCCCCAGGACAAUAAAGAGUGCCUUCUACUUUCUCUUCCCCCUGAGUGUGGUCUGCAGGAGUCCCUCCCACUCUUCCCACAGGAAGCUCUGACCCUCUGGGCCCCUUCUCUUCCAGUGCCUGCAGGCACCCAGCAGCCCUUCCCUCUCCCUAGAUGGGCCUGGGGGCGGGACACUCUGCACAUGUGAGGCGGAGCCAGAUACCCUCCGUUGGGGCCCCUUUUUGUCCCUGGGAUUGGAAAGGCUGUCACAUUCCCUGGCACUGCCUGCCCUACUGAGAAAACUGGGCACCGACAGGCAUUGUCUAGAGAAGGGACCAGCCGAGCUCCUUCCUAGCCCUUCCUGUCCACCGCAGGUCUGGUCCAUGGCUCUGGGCUCCAGCCUCCCCGCCUCUCCCGCUUCAUGCAGACAGAGAGCCCGCGAGGCGCCUGAGGGCGGGGGCCGGGGGUGUGCAGUGCCUGGCACAUUGCUCCUGCUGCUCGCCUACCUGACUUUGGCCCUGGGCACCGUCGUGUUCUGGCUUCUGGAGAGCCCCGUGGCCCAUGACUCCAGCAGGAGAUUCUGGCGCGACAAGUGGACACUGCUGCAGAACUUCACGUGUCUGGAUGGCCCGGCGCUGGACUCGCUGAUCCGGGGCAUUGUCGAAGCCUACCAAAACGGGGACAUCGUCCUUGGCAACACCACCAGCAUGGGGCGCUGGGAGAUUGUGGGUUCCUUCUUCUUCUCCGUGUCCACCAUCACCACCAUUGGCUACGGCAACCUGAGCCCCCGCACGAUGGCCGCCCGCCUCUUCUGCAUCAGCUUUGCGCUGGUGGGGAUCCCGCUCAACCUCGUGGUGCUCAACCGACUGGGGCAUCUCAUGCAGCAGGGGGUGCACCGCUGCUCCCGCAGGCUGGGGGCGCCCCACGUGCACCCACAGGACCCAGCCAAGGCCCGGUGGCUGGCAGGCUCCAUCACCCUCCUGUCUGGCCUCCUGCUCUUCCUGCUGCUGCCCCCGCUGCUCUUCGCCCACGUGGAGGGCUGGAGCUACCUGGAGGGCUUCUACUUCGCCUUCAUCACCCUCAGCACCGUGGGCUUCGGUGACUACGUGAUUGGGAUGGACCCCUCACGGAAUUACCCACUGUGGUACAAGAACACAGUGUCUCUGUGGAUCCUCUUUGGGAUGGCGUGGCUGGCCUUGAUCAUCAAACUGAUGCUCUCCCUGCUGGAGGCCCCACGAGGAUCGUAUUCCUGCUACCGCCACAGCUCCAAGGGGAACUUCAAGGCCCAAAGCUGGAGGCAGAGCCCUGAUGGGGAGACAGAGCCCCACUCCACGCAGCCAGGCUGCUGUCCAGAGGGGCCUAUCAUCAUGCAGCAUCCAGAACCCUCCACACAGGUCUCAGGCUGUGGAAAGGAGAGCUAGUUAUAUUCCAGUAUUUGUUCCACCUUCUUCCCCAGCAAUAAGAUCCCUGAUUUUAAGUUUGUCAUUUGACCAUCCAGACUAAAGUCUACAUCAUCUGUCUUCCCUUGAAGCUAGGUGCAGCUACAUGUUUAAAUUUCACCCAACAGGAUACACAGAGAAGUAUUCUGUGUGACUUUCAAUGUGUGAGGAUUGCUCCUCUUUAUCACUUUCAUCUUCCAGCUGGCUGCAAUGCUGAUUGGUGGCUGGCGCUCUGGCAGCCAUACUGCACCAUGAGGUAGAGACCAUGCUUGAAACUGGUGACACAAUUAGAUGGAAAGUCUGGAUUGCUGAUGUUUUGCCGCUGUAACAAACUUGGACUGAAUAUCACCCAAUUUCAUUUUUAUAAGAGAGAAAUAAACAUAGUCUUAUUUAAAACACUAUUAAUUGUGCUUUUUUGUCAUUUUUAAAUUAAUCUAAUUCUAAUUCUGUGUGAUACACACACCCAGAGACAAAGGCAGCAAUGGAGCCUGGAGCGCACAGGGAAAGAAAUCAGUCCCUCCCCAGGUAAGUUCACCCAGGACUGGAUCGAGGGCUGCAGUGCAGGCCCCAUACACCUCCAGAGAUCUUCCAGAUAAACUCACUGAAGAUCUGCUAACUCAUGGGGCUGAUACAGCCCGCAGGCACUUUGGCUGGUAAAUCGUCUUGCUGUCACUCACUUAUACCACAGAAAAGCCCAAGUCGGGCCAGUGGGUUCCUCUGGCCUCAGCCUGCCCCACUGCCUUCGAAGGCUUCAACCAUAGUUUGCAAAGCCAGAUAGGGUUUGCAGAGGUCGCUUCUGCUUGCAGGGCAUCUCACCCUAAGCAUUUCUGUCUCUCACUCAGGUUGCUACUAAGUCAGCACACAGCCAUGCAGUCCCCACAACACCCAGGUCC